UUUGGUAUUGACGUUGUUUUUUGUCCGCUUCCCUUUGAUUGGAUGGUUUUGGCAGUGAUAAACAAUUUGCAAGCAUAAACAUCUUGGUUACAAGCAGCAUUAAAAAAAGGGAAAACAAGAAUAACAAAAAAACACACACAUUUUAUACGCCCACAUAUACGUCUACCUAUAUUUUUAUUCUAUUUAACUACCACUGUAUCGCGCCAUCCAGCGACAACGAAUGACCUCCCAUCCUGCUGUGAAAGAAUUUGCCACUUCAUCCAGUUACUCUACCAUGACCAAACGACGAAAUAGUACCACCACCCAUGCGGCGACUUCCAUUCCCACCAAAUUACGCCCUACUUCACUGUGCAUUAAUCAACCAAUGAACAAUGUCACUUUAACCCAACCUUCGGCUUCGUCUCAACCUGGAGACACUCACGGCAUGGUUUCCGACGGAGAAAAACAACAGAAAUCAUCUCGUAAAAACACAUUUUCAUGGUCUUCGACAUCCUCAACGUUUUCCACUUCAUCCAGUUCCACCCUGUCAUCGGUUUCUACUCCCAUCACAACCAUUACUACCGCGACCCUGUUGGCGACGGUUGAAGGACUGUCAUCGGCGCCUCACUUGCCUAUUCUGGAUGUGGAGGACCACGACGAUGACGACGAUUCAGACACCGCUUUAAAAAACGGCAUGGAUGAGCAUGAAUAUCAUGAACAGCGACAUCAACGACGUUGGCGACGUCUAGUGGCUUCCAAUCUGUCACGAGCGGCCUCCAACGGCGAUAACACAAAUGUGCAGCAAAUUCUAACCGAUGAACGGCUCCGUCCUUUUCUCAACAUUGAUACACCGGAUGAUGAACACAACGGAAGUACCGCCCUGAUUUAUGCAGCUUGUUUUGGUCACCUCGACGUCGUCCGCACAUUGCUGUCUGCAGGAGCCAAUAUCGACAUUCAAGAUAAAUCCGGUUGGACCGCGCUCAUGUGGGCAAGCAGCAACAAUCACAGUGGGGUUGUUAAGCUGCUUUUAGAACACGGCGCAUCAUCGACGGCAGUCUCUGCCCGCGGCCGGACCGUAUUUGAUUUGGUCGAUACCGACAACUCCAACUUGACCCACAUCUUUAGCAACGGUGACACCAUUUGCUCAGAACUCGCCAUUGUUUCCCAACGACAAAAACGAGGUCGUCGACGAUCCAGUGUGUCGGCGCUCCCCAAUCUAGAUUUUUAUUACCAAUCGACCGAAGAUGGGUAUCAGGAUUUUCUCGCCAACGAACCGGAACGACAACGACGGUUGAUGGCUUCGAUGAACGAAGAAUUAGAGACGCAGGAUGAAGAAGACGACAACGAUCCGUGCCCAUGGGAAAAGGCCGACGCCAAGCCAGCGGGCAUAGACAACGAAGAAGAAAUUGAAUUUGCGGCUUACGAGGCAUGUAUGCAUUCGAUUGACAAAUUUGACUGGGAUCAAUGUUUACCGCACCAAAUGUUCGUUUUUGAUGAAAAAGACUUGCCGCAUAUUCUGGAUACCGCCAUCAGUGAACUACAACUGCCCAUGAAAUCACAGCAAGAAACCCUGGUACCAGCCAACAUUCUCUUUUUGAGUGCUCGAUUUUGUCACCAUUUCUCCACUCGCGAAUUAUUGUGCGAACUGCUCACCUCUGCCGUCGACCGCAUUACCGACGUGGUCAAAUGUAGCAACCACGAUAUCCAGACGUUGGCUUUCUGGAUGACAAACCUCUCGCAAUUGCUUUACUAUUUAAAGAGGGAUGUGGGACUGGUAGUAGCGACGGCCGAGCAUCAAUUGGCGAUUUCCGAGCUGAUUUCGGAAAUCUACAUGAUGUUGGUGAUUGAUUUUCAGAAGCGGAUCGACAAGAUUCUGGAAAUGGCCAUGCUAGAGUAUGAAGCUUUUGACGGGUUUGGACAGGUCCAUUUUGCCAAUGAUUGGCAAAGGUUUUUUCGUCGCGGGCGAUCGCGGAAAUCCAUGGUUCAAAGCAAUGCUAUGGAAACGAUAGCCUGUCAACGACCACAGGAUCAGCAACGCAGUAUUUCCCCGCAAUCCAUUGCUUCCUUGUUAUCGUCCAGUCUUUACGUACUUCAGUCCUACGAAGUGCAUCCAGUCAUUAUCAUGCAAGCCAUUGCUCAAUGUUUCCACUUCCUGUCAUGUGAAAUGUUCAACCGCAUUCUCACCAAUAAGAACUACUUGUGUCGAUCCAAAGCGAUCCAGAUUCGCAUGAAUUUAACCACGAUUGAAGAGUGGGUUCAUGAAAACAAGUUGCCGUCGAAUUUACUGACCUAUCUGAAUCCACUGAUUCAGUUACUGCAACUGCUGCAAUGCGUAUCUCAGCUGGACGAUCUCAUGGCGUUUAUCGACACGACAAAAGCGUUUGAUUUGCUGAAUCCACUGCAGAUCAAACGAUGCGUGCUUCACUACCGCUAUGAAGUCGAUGAAGCACGGUUACCCGAAGAAAUUGAAAAGUAUACCAUGCAAAUUGCCAAAGAUACCAUUCGAGCCAGCAAAGUGAAAGGUGGGUUUUCGACCGACGGACCGAAAAGUCCCUGCCGGUCGCGACGAGUGAGUACAAUGUCCCUUGGACGCGGUACGGCGCGAUCGCGGCCCAACAGCGUCUCAAGUUUGGGCAGCUUGUUACUGGCGAACAUGGUGGGACGAGAGAAGCGAUUGUCAUUGCAGAGCGAAAGCGAGUUAUCGGCGGCUACGGCCGAGGACAUGGACGACAGCCCGGAUGAAGAAAGCACACGCGAAUGGAUUGUAGAGAAACGGGAUUCCAGGUACCUUUUACCAUUCACCUUGCCUACAACCAAUACCAUGUUCGCCUAUACCUGGCCGAAACCCAACGAGACCAUGGUGACCACAACGGACAGUGUCAGUUUAAUAGCCGAAUCCAUUUACCAGGAAGCCAAGCAAAAAUUGGGAGCGCAACGUGAGAAAUCGGUUCGCGAACAAAGCCUGGUGCCCACUAUACCCGAAGACUGGAUGGACCGAUUGGACAAUCAGCAUCAAAAAGAACGAAAAGCCAUUGACAUAUGAAUCAAUAAACAAAUAAAAAAAAGUCCUCUCGUUGAUGAUGACCCUGACUAUUUUCCUGCUGUUGUUGUUG